ACACCCAGAGUAGAGUUUUGCUGAUUGGAAAACUGAAAGGCAGCGCGUUGCAGUGGCUACACGCAGAUGCAACCCGGUUCGGAGAAUCGACGAGUGAGCUGGUAGACCAGUUACUUCUUGCGUUUGGUGGCAACGAGUCGAAAGCAGAGUUGAGACGCAAAUUCGAGGCGCGGCUAUGGAAGCCAACUGAGAAGUUUGCAGUCUAUUUCGAAGAAAAACGCAGGCUGGCACGAGAAGUCAACAUGGAAGAUGACGAGCUGCUGGACGGACUUAUUGUUGGCAUUCCGGCGAUAAAUCUACGCAAUCAGGCCAAGCUUCAGUGUUUCGAGAAUCCAGGAAGGAUGCUUAAAGCAUUUGCCAACAUAAUGUUGCCGGUAAGGGCUGCUGGAGAGAAGAAGAUGCACAACGCGAAGGAUGAGCUGGCGAACAAGGAGACGCGUUGCUAUAACUGCAACGGUAAAGGGCACUGGGCACGAGACUGCAUCAAAUCGAAGAGGACUCCUGGGUCUUGCUAUGGAUGUGGGGCGAUGGAUCACAUGAUCAGCAAGUGCCCCCAAAACAAGAAGGAUGCGGCAAAUAAUUACAAUGCUUGAUCGAUUCAGGAAGCCCAGUAUCUUUGAUA